CACAGGAGGCUACUGCCAUCUUUGCUUUUAGUGUUGUGUUGUGGACAGAUGUGGACGAAAUGUCAUCUUUUCUUAUUAUAUUGUGGUUCUUAAUUAUUGUGACAGUUGCUGCGAAAAAAACAGAGUAUCAGAUCGAUCAGUUUCCACGUUUGUUCCAUUUGGAUGAUUACGAGCGAUGUUUGUCAAGAAAAAAUGGCCUUUACUGUCUUGGAACGUUUCAACUCAGCUCUGAUGACCCAAAUUCAAUGUUUGACUCUUUAAAAGAGUAUUCAUCCAACUUAACUAAUUUCAACCAUACACUAUUGCACCGAGGCUACUGUGUCAGCUCUCGCUGCCAGUCUUUCGAAAAGAACGCAACGCUUCGCUUCGAAAGAUGUAUUCAAGAUCGCACUCAGCGUUUAUCUAUGAACGCGACUUUAAAGACUUUGAAAUACUGUCGAACAAGCACACAAGCAAAGAAGUUUGAAGAUAAUAAACUGCCGUACAUAAUAUUUGGACUCGUAGUCGGUGUUUUACUGGUCUUAAAUGUCGUUGGCACUGUGGUUACUGAAUUUGUAGGAAAUAAAAAGAACAGUAUUCUGGGUUGUUGGUCAGUAAAAGAGAAUUGGUGUCGUCUCGUUCGUACAUACGACGACAGUGACCCAGUUAGAGACGCGCUGUCUCCUAUACAAGGAGCCAGGGUACUCUUGCUGGUUCUCGUGAUAAUAGGUCAUGUAAUUGAAAUUAACUACAAAACGUAUAUUAAUAACACUAUUUUCUUCGAAACCGCUCAAAAAAAUCCGAUGUCAAUAUUUUUCAAGAACGGUUCCUCAAUAGUUCAGGCAUUUGUGGUGAUCUCAAACUUUCUUUUUGCCUACAUGCUGCUAGCAUACUCUCAGAAGAAGAAAGUCAGCAUCUCUAUGUUACCAUUGUCGAUUUUGUAUAGAAUUGUAAGAAUAUCUCCAGUAUACCUCCUGAUGUUAGGCUUCAAGGCUAGCUGGUGGCGGCUGGCUGGCGACGGCCCGCUGUGGUCAGACUUGGUCAUACCAGAGAGUGACGUCUGCAGGAAGAAGUUCUGGUUGCACGCCUUCUUUGUGCACAAUCUGAUCGAACCUGAAAAGUACUGUAUGCUGCAGUCUUGGUUUUUAGCGGUGGAUGUACAACUACAUAUAAUAGCUUGCUUCUUGACUCUCAUCUUAAUUAACAAUCGUCGACGAGCUAUCUACGUCAUUGGUUCGUUGUUUGUCGCCUCCUGCUUCCUUAACUCUGGCUUAGCUUACAUCUAUGAUUGGAAAUCUCUGAUGUACUUAUUGUCCCCUGAGAUGAUGCGCAAUACAUUUGAGGGCGUGUCCUCAUUUUGGUAUUUCUACACUACACCUUGGGGUAGUCUACCCGCUUGCCUGCUCGGUCUGUUUGUAGCACAUCUACAUUUAUACGCUAAGGAACAAGGAUAUCAUAUCACAAAUACUAAGUGGCUAGUACAUCUCUAUCACAUAGCAGUUCCGAUUUGUCUCGCUUGGGUACUCAGUGGCCAUAUUAUAUCGUCUUGGACCACUCGUCUUUCCAUGGCCACGUACAUUGGCAUCGAGAGACCCAUGUUCUCAGCGAUAUCAGCUCUUCUCCUAUACGGUUCUACUGAUAAAGUUGACAAUUGGUUCAGACGUUGGAUGGCGUGGAGCGGCUGGCAGGUGCCUGCGAGGCUAUCGUUAUGUGUGUUGGUAUUGCACCGCGCCAUCAACACACAGCUGGUUGCUGUCCAAACCGCUGCUGUUACCACAUCUGUGUUUGCCAUUGCAAUAUAUGUUAUUCAAACGACAUUAACUUCUUAUCUACUGGCGAUACCAAUGAUGGUGCUUGUCGAAAUGCCGAUACAACGUACAUUCGUUGCUUAUAUCACACGAGGGAAGCACGAUGAAUAGCACUUCAAUGGAACAUGAUACCUUAAGAAGUACGGUGUACAUAAAAAGUUUAAGCAUUGAAAUUCAGCCAGAUAUACCAAGGUUGUAGACAAAGAAUUUUUAUCGCUUUCGCAAUAAAAUGUAACAAAGGGUCUAUUUGCUAAAGAGAUAUUAGCGAUUUUUUUCGUAAAGUCAUCGAUAUUUCAACAGUGGUAGAGCCCGCUUUAACAUUUUCGCACGAAUCGGCCCGGCUCGCCCGGUGAAAUACCACGACC